CCUCCACCUCCGUUCUAGCGAAAGGCUUUGCCCGCUAACUUCUGCCUGUCGCGCUGCCGUUUAGAGUUACAGACGCCGGACGCUCUGCGUUCCUGCUUGCUUCUUCAAGGAGCGAGUGGAAGACUGAAGGGUGUCUAGGGUCAGGCUGCUCCGAAGGGCUCGGCAAAUCCACGGGGUGUGCGCCAAGGGCUCUUGCGAGAGGCUCCCGUCUAUCGCCUGGUGGCCGAGAGGCGGCGUCUUUGAGGCUUCCUUCGCUUCUCGGCUGGAGCUGGACAGGGGCGGAACUCCCGCCAGCCAGAUCCCAAACUUUUCCGACGAGCGUUAGCUCGUCUCCCUGGCCUCCUUCAGUGCCUGUCCCGCCCGGCAUGUGUCCUUCCGUUAGGCACGUGCUCAGCAGCGGCAAGGCGGAGCGGAAAGCCGGCCCCUUGACCGGAGCCCCCGGCUGCCGCCCUCACCUCUGGCAGCAGCAUGAGCCCCGCUCCCUUCUGCCCGUCGUGGUACGCGGCCAAGCAGAGGCGGCUGGGGAAGGGCUGCGCUUUCCGCCUCUGCCUGCUCUCGGCUACCCUUCUUCUGUGCCUGCAGCUGGGGCUCCGGCGCGCCUGGGACGCCGAAGCCAAGCCCACGACGGGGCAUAAGACUCGGCUCCUCCCUGGAGGUCGCCGAGUGGACAGGGCAAACGAGGCGACCAGUAGGAGGCAGGUGACCUACAUCAGGAGCGGCCGCCGGCGGAGUGCCGCAGAGCACACCUGUUGCCUCCAGGGGGCGCCUCCGCACAGCAUCCGCAGGAAGAUGAUACGCUGGCACAUAAACUUGCAACCCUGGGCAAGUCCUACACCAUCCCUGAGUAAUGAAGCCUUUAGGCUCUUAAAAUACAUCAGCACUGCCCAGGUUUCAUGUAAUCGUAUCAGCAUGAAUGAUCUGCCAGGAAACCCUGAUAACCCAAGGAGGCCUUGGUCAAUAUGCCUGGAUGACCAAUUCAGUUUAGUUCAUCAGAUCAAAAGCAAGCAGUGCCGUCUAUAUUCGCUGGGAUUGGGCAGUGAUGACAACCAGUUUGAGAUCAGCAUGGCCAACAGUGGGUGUGAGGUGCAUCGCUUUGACCCUAGUAUCAAAUUGGCACAUGUUCAGGAAGGACAGCACCUCUGGUACCAUCGCCUGUCGAUAGACUGGCGGGAUCCAAAUCCAAUGAUCGCUGCUCAUAAGCCUCAUGCCAACACCAAGAAGCUUGGCACUGUGUUAAAUGACUUUGGACAUCACAAGGUCGACUAUGACUUAUGGCGACCCUAUGAAUCAGCGGCCUCCAAGAGCAUUUGUCAUGAACCACCCUGUUCAGAUCUUAUUGAUAUCCUCAAAGCAGAUAUGGAAAGUGCAGAGUGGAAAAUCUUGGAAAACCUGAUCCUGGAGGACCUUGUGGAACAGAUAGGACAACUGAUCUUUGAAAUCCAUGUUCAUUGGCCGGGAUUUGAGGUCAGCGGAAAUGACAGCACUGUGGUUCGGUACUGGUACAGUCUCCUCAAAGAACUAGAACUGAAGGACUUCAGGCUUUUUCACACUUACAAAGAUUUAUCAAAACCACAGUUGUUUCUAAAAAGGAAAGCCUUCAAUGCAAGUAGCUGUUACACAUUGGGCUGGGUGAAUACAAGAUGGAAAUAAAGGGCUUGGGCCUGCAGAAUGGCCUUGUGAAUCAUCCCUUCAGUGGUAUUAUGGAAGGCGACGUCAGAGACAGAAGUUACCCAAUGUGCAAAUACAGCAGCUGUGGUAUAAGUUGUUUCUUCAUGUCUGAAUAGAUAAAAUGUUAGCACACAGUAGCUUAAAAUGCUACGCUUUCUUCAAACUUGGUGGUGGGACUGAUAAUCACAGGAUAUUGGUUUAGAAAAUAUACUGUCUUUACUUUGUCUUUUAAUUUGCUUCCUAGUUUCUGCAUGAUUAUUUCCUUGCAUUAUUCCAGCUGCUCCUUUCCAUCAAGAGAGGAACUUCUGGCCCUCCAUAUGUUGCUGAACAACUCCCAACAUCCUUGGCCCAUGCUGCCUGGGGCUGAUGGAGGGUUGUAUCCAAUGGAAUGCUAAGUCACAGUCCCAUAAGCACAAGGAUUUCCACUUGUGCAAUGGAACUUCCCACCUUCACCCCCCUCAAUCUGUUCUAGCAGACUUGGGUGGAAUGUAAAGUACGUGCAGGUAGAAAUUCCAAUGCCCAAACAGAAAUCCUUAUGUUGCCAGGAUCAUGCAGAGCUUGGAAAAGUUACUUUUUUGAACUACAACUCCCAUCAGCCCAAUCCAGUGACCAUGCUGGCUGGGGCUGAUGGGAGUUGUAGUUCAAAAAAGUAACUUUUCCAAGCUCUGAAGUUCAGUGGUUCUCAGCUGUGAUCCAUGAACAUCAUUCAGGUGGUCUGUGGCAUGUCCAUGGAUUUGUGGUUGAAAAUGGGAGAUGACAUGUCUGUUGUAUUACAUAUUCAUAUUGAUUUUUAAUUGUAUUUCUAUUAUUUUGUUUCUUAUAAUGUGAUUUUGUAUUACAAUUUGAAUUCUAUAGUAAAAUACACUACAUAAUAAAAGCAGCAAUAUAAAUACAAUUAAAAAAUCAUACAGCAUCUAGCACAGCACAUUACAAGUGUUGGGAAUGGACUGCCUUCAAGACGAUUCCGACUUAUGGCGACCGUAUGAAUAGGGUCUUCAUGGUAAGUGGUUUUACCAUUGCCUUCCUCUGAGGCUGAGAGGCAGUGACUGGCCCAAGGUCACCCAGUGAGCUUCAUGGGUGUGUGGGGAUUCGAACCCUGAUCCCCCAGGUCGUAGUCCCAACACUCUAACCACCACACCACACUGGCUCUCUUUACAAGUGCUAAAGCAGGGAAAAAAUAAUUAAGUUACCGCCAAGACCCUCAGCAAUGUUCAAGUGGUCCAUGAGGGGGAAAUUGGGAGUCACUGCCUUAGUGGAAUACCAUCCAGAGUGCAAUAGCUGGAGGGCCCCCGUUUCCUUAUGUCUGUUUUACGUCUAUCUUGCCUCACAUUGCAAGUUAUUGCCCUUCCUCAUCUGUUCCAUCAUGCUGGUUAUGCUUACCAUUGGUGAGCAUAAGCCAUUAUAUUAGAGGUACAGUGGCCGAUAUAAAUACAUAUAUACACAUCAGUUCACUUUGCUCCUUCAGUGGCUCUAUUUCAGAAACACAACGAACUCAAAAGCCUCCCUUUUCGUUUCCCUCCUAGCAGUAAUAGGGGUUGCUAUCCUCCCACUCUCUUUUCCCCCUGCUCAGAUCUGCUAUUCCAGAAGAUAAGGGCUACUGCUGCAAUUUUGUUCACCUUCCAUAACUUCUUUCCAAAUGUAGUCAUUUAAUUAUUGUUAUUAUAGAGAAAAUGUUACAAUGGGGGGGGACUUACAGGAUUCAAAAAAAAAUACAGUAUGAUCCCCAAACCUUACAAACCUAUACCAUUUAAAGAAAACAUAAUGAAAUAUUUGUCUAGACUGGAAUACAUUUAGUCAGAAUAUGUCGAUUUAAUCUCCUCAACUAUAUGCCAAACUCUAAAAAUCCAAGCAUGUACUGUUUUGGCUAAGCAAAGAUACCUUAUUUUAAAGCCAGUUCUAUGUCAGCAGCAGCCAAUAAGUUCUAAGUCCAAGAAUCAUACUGCAACUCUCACCUACUGCAUUCAAGACAGGUGGACAUGUUUUCUAAUAUAGACCGUUAGGGAGAAUCGUGACUGGAUCCUAAGAAAGAGGGGUGGGUAUAAAGUGACCUUGUCAUCUCUUCCACCUCCUGCUGUCCCAUAUAAAUCCUCUCUCAAGGGAAGGAUGGGAGACCCGACUGAACGGGAUAGGCUGUAGUGUUUGGAGGGAGACAUGUAUCUUUUAGCACGUGACCUUGUUUUAAAAGCAGCCAUGCAUAGUGGCUCCAUAUGCACAUAUUGGUAACAGAAUAGACAGCUGUGUAAUUCACUCAGCCACAUAACAUAAUUUUCAAUAUGCAAUUCAGAUUGGGGCACUUCAUUGGGGGAUUGCCUAAUUUAAAUCCUCCCAAUGUAGCACAUAGGUACCUCUAUGUUUGCCUCCCAUGGGGCAAAUAGCCAUUUGAGGAAGUACUUAGAAUUGGGAAUAUGGUAGUGAUAAAAUGGGUUAAACCUCUCCUCACGCCAUUCCAUGGAUCCGCUACAAAUGUCCCCCCCCCCCAAACAGCUGCCUUUAAAUUUAAAAACCUAUGAGAGAUCAUACCUGGUCAGGCCUCAAAUGAAACAUAAGUAGUAAGGGAGGGAUGGAUGGGAAAAACACAUUAGGAAGCCAUAAUUUAUUGCUGCAUGCAUUGAGAAUCAAAAAGCAGUUGUGUAGCUAUUGAUAAUUUGUCUACUAUAAACUUCAUGUCAGAAAAAAUAAGAUGUGAAGGAUCUAUAGUUUGCUACAAACUGACUCUAGACAUGUCAACUACAAAGACAAAUUCUUCCAUAAUAUUUUAAUAUCAAUUCAAUGAGAGAUAAAUUCACACCCUGGCACCACAGAGAACUAGGCAGUUACAACUUCAACACCAAAUAAAGAGUUGUUUAAAAAAAAAAACAGCCUUGGACAAUGCUAGAGAUGUUAUACUAAGUUGAAAUCCACUUUUAAUAUAAAACAUUUAUUAAAAAUAAGUUCUGUAAAAAGGAUUGAUACAUAUGUACAGUAGUUUAGCACAAAACAAACAAUCUAUAAAAGCAAAAUAGAUAUUAAAGUGCCCAUUUACAAGACUUAGGUGGUCAAAUGGCAAUGAAGUUGCUGUGUGCUUCCAAUGAUACCUUCUUUGAAGUAUUUUCAUAAAGGCAGUAACUCACUAAUUGCACAAGCUCCACUGGCUGAAUGGGGCUUAUGCUAAAACAGUAUUUGAUGAAUUACUUGUUAAGCAUUUUAUAUACGUACAUACAUAAUGUUCUUUGGAUUUCUUUUAUUGUACAAACCAAAUCUUUGAAUAAGAAUAGCGACCUGAGUUAUCAGGAGUAAUUGAAAAAAGCAGUCAUAAUAAAAAUGAAACCACUGUUUCUUGACAUGUACUCCAGUCCAUGCAUCUGCAAAUACAAAGGGCUGGAUCUAGAGAAAUGCCUAUGGAAGGUGGUGGGGUGUAAAGUGACCUUCCUACCCCCAAGCAGCCUCUCCCAAGAGCAAGGGGCCCUUGCCAAAUUGGGGGGGGGGCUGAAAAGGAGAGUGUGGUUUGUUGAAUAUCAGGCUCCCCCACACAGAAGAUACCUCCCCUCACUUUUUGGAGAUUUUCCCUUUAGCUCCCCUGUGCCAUAGCCCACCCAAUUCAAAUGGAAAGGGUUUUUAUUGGGGGGCAGGAGUCAGUAAAUACACCUUAUGACCACCCCCUUUAUUUAUUUUAUUUAAAUUUAUUUUAUUUCUCCAAUAAAAUCCAUCAUCUGUAUCUGCCUGCUCCACAAAAUGGAAAAUUGGUGAGAAGUGUCCUGGACUACAUUGUUCCUCUGCUUUCAAGAAAAUAUUGAGAGAGGGGCUCUACAAACACAGCAACAAACAGUUCUCUGCACCAGACCCCUCUCUAUAUUUUCAAGCAGGGCUGUUCGGUUUUUUUUGGGGGGGAGGGGGUUGUUCCUGCAGAGAAAACAGAACUGGGGCUACAAACUAGUGUGUGUGUGCACGCACACACUUUGUGCAUGCAUUUCAGUAUGAAAUGCUAUUAAAUACAAAAACAAUUCUGAGUAACAACUUCUAUUACACACACACACAAAAUCAAUCUCAGGAUUAUCCAAUGUACUUGCAAACGGGGGAGUACUGCCAAAUAGUAUUUAUAAACAGGUGCAUCAUGUAAC